UACAGAUUUGUGUUAUCAUUCUCCGAGGUUGUUUAUUUUAUUUUGUCCCAAGCAGCAUUUUCAACCAUACCAAUUUAAGUAAUUAGUUCGUGUGUUUCCUCGGAAAAUGAUCAUUCUACCGUCUAUUUUGUCGUGUGCUUGAUCAAGUGCCAUUUGUAAGCCUUGUGUGAUUUCAUUAUGGUCAUUCCUCCAAUUAUUUCACCCAGAGAAGCGGGUUUUACAGCAUCUCAUCCUUCAAUGAGUCAAAUUCUCUUUAUUCUUUGCCGUAGUAAAACUUCUUUAUAAUCAAUAUAUACCAUCGAGAGAGCAGUUUUUCUGUGUGCCUCUGCCCUGCCCUAAAGCUUCUGGAAUCGUGAGCGUCACCACUCCAAACCAUGGAUCAAGAUAAGGAGCAAGUUGCCGAUGCUUUCAGCACCAUAAAUGAGAGGCCAGUCGAUGAUAUUUCUCUGGAUAUUUUCUACACCCCUCAUACAAUCACUCUCUUGGUUGCUUCAAUUACUGCUGUAAUAUAUUUAUCAUUUGUGAGAGAUGAACAAAAUGUUGACGAUAAUAUUUGGGCUGGCUGUUGGUGCGUCCUGUUCUUCUUCCUCAUCAUAUCGGUCUUAGCAUUUCCUAACGGACCGUUUACAAGACCUCACCCAGCUGUAUGGAGGAUGGUGUUUGGAAUUAGUGUUCUCUAUUUGCUGUGUCUUCUAUUCUUACUGUUCCAAAAUUUCAAGACUGUGCGAGGCAUCCAUCAAUGGUUGGACCCAAAUUUAAAAAAUUUCCACAUAGAUAUGGAUCGACAAUAUGGUGUCAACUGCUCAGAUAUCACUUUCGAAAAAAUCUGGGCCCAUCUUGAUGUCUUUGCUGCUGGUCACUUUUGCGGUUGGGCCUUCAAAGCUGUCCUAAUUCGACAUUACGGGAUUCUAUGGGCCAUGAGCAUCAUGUGGGAAAUAACAGAGAUUCAGUUUACUCAUCUGCUACCAAACUUUAAAGAAUGUUGGUGGGAUGCUCUAAUCCUAGAUGUCUUGGUGUGCAAUGGCUUGGGAAUUUGGGUUGGAAUGAAGAUCUGCAAGUGUUUAGAGAUGCGAGAAUACAAAUGGGUGAGCAUCAAAGACAUUCACUCGACAAGAGGAAAAUUGAAAAGAGUCAUGCUUCAGUUCACGCCCGAAAGUUGGACCCAUGUUCGAUGGCUUGACCCAACCUGCUCAUACAUGAGAUUUUUUGCUCUUAGUCAGAUGGUUAUUUUCUGGCAGCUCUCCGAAUUGAACACGUUCUUUUUGAAACAUAUCUUCGAAAUGCCUCCAAAUCAUCCUCUUGUCAUCGCCAGGCUUGGUUUUCUUGGAAUAAUGGUGGCUCCAUCUGCCAGACAAUAUUACAGCUUUAUUACGGAUACUAGCUGUAAGCGGCUAGGAACUCAGUGCUGGGUUUAUGGUGCCAUAAUGCUCUGUGAAACACUGUUGUGUGUUAAAAAUGGAAAAGAACUUUUCGGCCACACAAAAACUGUCAAUAUUAUCGUAUGGUUCAUUUUCAUGUUUUUUGCGACGAUGCUGUGCAUCUCUGGGUGUGUGCUGUGGCAUAAAUAUUUUGAGGGUUCCAAAGAAGUUUGGGACGGAUCUCCAGUUCGGUUGAUAAAACCUACAACACCAGAUUCAAACUCGACCAACGAAGAAGAUGCUGCUUUGUAUUCCAAUGAUGUGAAUAGUUGCAGUUAUUUGAAACGUCGAAACUUAACAGUCACCUGUCAAGACUGAGCAGCAUUUCUUUUACCUACGGAUAGAAUUUGAAAUUCUGAACUCUCCGUCUCUUCUCUCUAUUUAAAGACUUCAUGACUUAUAAAGUUUCUGUGAUUUAUUUUGUUAUUUUGUUUUAAUUAAUUGCUCCUCUUCUCUCGUUUGUUUUGUGUGGUUUUAUUUUGUUGUUUUUCAAUUGUAUAUAUUAAUAUUUCGAUAGCCAAGGUGCGCGGUCACAUGUCUCCAUUGCAGUGUUUCAAAGUUGCCGCUCUUAUUUUAUUUUUUUUUUGAGAGCAACAAGCCCUCCUCUUUGCUUGAGAUUUCUGCAGAGUAUUUUGCUAAUCAAGAGGAUAAAUCAUGGAAGUUUUCAAGGAAUCAUGUUGACUCGUUUUUCAAAGAAAAAAUGAAGUAUGACAGGAAGUCUGCAAUGUCGCAGACGGAGAUACGUGCUUUCGCAAUUUGGUUAUCGAUUCUCUCUAAGAAGGUGAGAAAAGUACCUUGAUCAUUGCAGUAUUUGCUAGUUAGAAAAUUAUUUUAAGUAAUCUUAGUAGCAUUUAUUUAAUUUUGCUCAAGAGAGCUAGUUUUAGUCAGUCAUUUAGAUUUCUUUAAGUUGUAUCAAUUUCGAUUUGUACAACUUUGUUUCAGCUUACCAUUGUGUUUGUGCGUUUCUUAUGUUGGCUUCUGAAGUUGAUGUUUGCGUAUGAUAAGCUUGCCAUUUUGCCAGUAAUUUAAUCUUUUUGAUUUGAUGUCAUUGCAUUUUACUCAUCAAAGACGAAUCAAAUUAAAUUUUUUAAGUUUUA